AUGGGUGUCCACGAGAUCAAGUCGGCUGCUGAAUUCGACGAGAAGGUCAUCAACUCCAACAAGCCAGUCGUUGUCGAUUUCUUCGCGACCUGGUGCGGCCCUUGCAAGGCUGUUGCCCCUGCGAUCGAAAAGUUCAGCAACGAGAACGAGGGCGUCGAGUUCUACAAGGUAGAUGUGGAGGAGCUGAAUAGCGUCGCUGCCAACUUGGGUAUCAGUGCCAUGCCUACCUUCGUUUUCUUCAAGGACGGCAAGCAAGUCACUGACUUGACCGUGCGCGGUGCCAACCCGAACGGGGUCCUCACAGGUGUCAAGGCCCUGCUUGCCUAA